AGUCAUGUUUCAAAAUGCCAAGGCGCCUACGCGUAAUUCUGAUCUUGUCAAAAACGUUGACCUUCAUGUCGACUGUUCUCAAGCUACAUAUUAUCUCACCUCGCUACCCCAGAUUCAUUUCGCUAUGCAUCGUGUCGGCAGCCUGACGAGAGCACAGAGAUGCUAUAUCUUAAGCUAGCUCGGUGAAUCCUGAUGGGCUUGUCCAGUUGUCUAUAACCGAAUUGAAAUAAGGCUGGUAAUGAAGCACCGUCAGCCUCGUUGGAAUCUUUAUAUGGACGCCCCAGCCUCUACUUCGGCUCUCUCCAGCUUGGCUCUGACCGCCAUCUCCUUCCAUCACAUAGUCGCUCACUAUCUUCAUACGCUCUUUGUUUCGCUUUACGUUCAUUUAAUCUGUCCCACAACACUUCGAUAAUACUACAUAACACCAUGCCGUCUAACGCAAUCGCCAUACUCGCGGAUGUUACCACCGGCUUCCGUAAUAACGUCAGGCGUAUGCGAAGUGGAACUCUCCGAGAUCGUACUUGCGCCAAGGGCAAGGAGAACCGACCACCUGUUCCCAAUGACGCCUCAUCUUCGAACACAAGCAGUCCUGUCAACGUUGGUUUUCGAGUCCCGAACCAGAACUCGCAGAUGCUGAAUCAAGCAUCCACCGCGACACUUCGCCCCGGAAACACCAUUUCUAUCACUGUCAACGAUGUCGAGCCUCAACCAGAGCUUCCGCGAUGGGAGCCCGUCGAUGGGACCAUCAUCAUCAAAGUGCGCCUCCCAUCCAUAGACGACAUUUGGCGAUUCAAAGUGCCCUGUGACAUCGCUUUGGAGGCAUUCCGCGAGAAAGUUGUACACAAGAUCGGGUUCCCAGUUGGAUUCACGAAGACAACGAAGGCGAACGCGAAGCUUAUCGUCUCGGAGGAUGCCUGGAAACGAUGGAUUGCUGGAAGAGUCAAGGAUGGGCGGAACCGCCCUCUCGUUGCUGUUGAGCCUCAGUGAUCUGGUCAUCCCUUCUCGUUUCCACUAUUCGACUCCUUCGCUAGGAUCAUGGCCGCAUUCUACGUUGACAUUCACUC